AUGCAGGACGUACGCGACAUUUUCCCUCUUCCCCAGACGCCCACCCAGACCCUUGCCGCGCUCGCUGGCAUCGGCGCCUCGGCCUGGCUACUAAAGCUCAUCGUCCGACAUAUCCUCCUCCGCAGCCCCGCCAAACGCUCCCACGCCUCGCCCUCAUCGUCCGGUCCGACAUUCGCAGCAAUGAGCGCCGACAAGAAGAAGGAGCUUCUCGAGCGGCCCGCCAUCGUUGUCGGCGGAGGACUGGCAGGCCUGGUAGCGGCGUUCGAGCUGUCCGAGCGCGGCGUGCCCACCAUCAUUAUCGACCAGGAGAAUGAGAAGAACCUCGGCGGGCAGGCGUUUUGGUCGCUGGGUGGGAUAUUCUGUGUGGACUCAAAGGAGCAGAGGAGGAUGGGCAUCAAGGAUUCCAGGGAGCUUGCAAUGAGGGACUGGUUCGGCUCUGCGCAAUUCGAUCGCGAGGAGGAUGCCUGGCCGCGACGCUGGGCAGAGGCGUUCGUCAACUUCGCCACCGACGAGAUGGAGGACUACGUCAAAGCCAGAGGUAUGGGGUUUUUGUUCAAUGUCGGCUGGGCUGAACGAGGUGCCGGCAUGGCCGAGGGCCACGGCAAUUCGGUACCGCGAUUCCACGUUACCUGGGGUACAGGACCCGAGGUUGUGAGGGUGUUCGCAGAGCCCGUGAAGCGCGCCGCCAAGAACGGCGUUAUUCAAUUUCGAUUCCGCCACCGCGUUGACGAGAUCAUCACGGACGAGACGGGUCGCGCCAUUGGUGUUCGCGGCAAGGUCCUCGCACCUGACGACUCCCCCCGCGGCAUAAAGUCCAACCGAGACAUUGCCGGCGACUUUGAAAUCUAUGGGUCCGCUGUCGCAGUCACCUCUGGCGGCAUCGGCGGCAACGUCGAGGCCGUGAAGGCCGUAUGGCCCGUCGACCGCCUGGGCCCCAAGGUCCCCGAGAACUUCGUCGUUGGCGUUCCUGCUCACGUCGAUGGCCGCAUGAUCAACAUCUCCGAGGCCGCUGGUGCACACGUCAUCAACCGCGACCGCAUGUGGCACUACACCGAGGGCCUGCAAAACUGGAACUCCAUCUGGCCGAACCACGGCAUCCGCGUACUCCCCGCGCCGAGCUCGCUGUGGCUGGAUGCGACUGGCAAGCGACUUCCUCCUUUUCUCUUCCCGGGCACCGACACCAUGGGCACUCUGAAGCACAUCUGCAGCACAGGGUACGACUACACGUGGUUCAUCCUCGACCAAAGCAUCAUUGCCCGCGAGUUUGCGCUAUCAGGGUCGGAGCAGAACCCCGACGUGACGGGCAAGAGCGUGUGGCAGCUUCUCACGCGCGUCUUCGGCAAGAAGGGAACCGUUCCAGUUCAGAACUUCCAAAAGUACGGGAAAGACUUUGUCGUGCGGGAAAACCUCGCCGACCUGGUGCAGGGAAUGAAUGAGCUGCAGCGCGAGCGCGGCGGGCCAGUACUCGAGUUGGAGGACAUCAAGGAGACGAUUGAGAUCCGCGAUGGCCAGUUUGACAACGCGUACUCCAAGGACGCGCAGGCGAUGCUUAUCAACAACGGACGGACGUAUUGGGCUGACAAGAGAAGCCGCAUCGCGCCGCCACAUAAGCUGUUGGACCCGAAGCAUGGCCCACUGAUCGCGGUGCGGAUGAACCUGUUGACGAGGAAGACGCUGGGGGGCAUCGAGACCAAUCUGGACAGCAAUGUCAUGAAGGCUGACGGGGAGAAGUUCCCGGGGUUGUACGCAGCGGGUGAGGCGGCAGGUUUCGGUGGUGGCGGUGUUCACGGGUACAACAGCUUGGAGGGAACUUUCCUGGGAGGCUGCAUCUUCUCUGGAAGAGCAGCAGGUCGCGGUAUCGCGAACGAGUUGCUUGGGCCGGCGGAAGCCAAGGGUCCGAAGUCGUACUUGUAA